UUCUGUGUGGAUUUGCCUUUUGAGCGCGCUCGAGCGCGACGUUACCGUGCGUCCAGCUGACGGGAGCGAGAAAAUAUAAUCCGCCAGCGCGUUCUGCCUGCGAAAGGCAGCCCUUUGGCAAGCUCUGCGAGACGAUGCCCUGGAGGGCAGCCAAGCCUGUGGAGGAGCCCGCGGGCACCGAUGCGACCACGAUGUACCACCGCAUCGCUGACUGGUACAACAGCCCGGAAGGCGACGCGCUGCGGGCAGCCUGGGGCGCGUACCCGGCAUCGCCAGAGACGCUCGAGAGCUGGUCCGGCUUCGUCGCGGUGACCAACGCGUUCCUCGACCACGCGGGCCCGCCGCCGACCGCCCCCGAGACGGUCCAGGUCGAAGAAGAAGGCCCGCCAGUGAGCGAGGAGCCGUAUGAGCCGCCGUUGAUGAUGGAGGAGGAGCGGGAGGCGCCGGCACUCGGCGAGGAGGCCGCGGCGGAGGAGACUGGUGUUGUGGUAGACUGGGCGCUCCUCCGGACGCGAGAGAUUCUGACGAACGAGUCGCUGCGCGACAGAUUAAAGCGCUGGUGCGCCGGCGACCGCGAGGGCUUGCCGCCCAUCUCGACGUGGAAUACGAGCCGGGUCACGGACUUUAGCAAGCUAUUCAUGAAUCAGAAGGGUUUCAACGACGACAUCAGCGCGUGGGAUACUUCUAAUGUGAUGACGAUGGAAGGGAUGUUCCGCAACGCCUCGACGUUCAACCAGCCGCUGAACGACUGGCGGGUCGACAAGGUCACAAAUAUGCAGCAAAUGUUCCAGAGUGCCUCGUCGUUCAACCAGCCGCUGAACAACUGGCGGGUCGACAACGUCACUGAUAUGGGCGGGAUGCUCUGGGGCGCCUCGGCGUUCAACCAACCACUGAACGACUGGCGGGUCGACAACGUCACGAAUAUGCGCAUGAUGUUCAGCUGCGCCGAGGUGUUCAACCAGCCGCUGAACGACUGGCGGGUCGACAACGUCACGGAUAUGCGCUGGAUGUUCAGGGAUGCCUCGGCGUUCAACCAACCGCUGGGCGACUGGCGGGUCGACAAGGCCACAAACACGGAAGACAUGUUCAAAGGAGCUUCGGCCUUCGACAUAGACCGCAACUGGGGACUCACGAACGAGACGCUGCGAGAUUGGACAAGGCGCUGGUGCGACAGCGACCACGAGGGCUUGCCGCACAUCUCGACGUGGAAUACGAGUAAGGUGACUGACAUGAGCUCGCUCUUCCAUUGCGACGAUGGAUUUAACGACGACAUCAGCGCGUGGGAUACCUCUAGCGUGACGACGAUGAUGAAUAUGUUCAACGGCGCCAAGGCGUUCAACCAGCCGAUUGGCGAAUGGCGGGUCGACAACGUCACGAAUAUGAGCAAUAUGUUCCGCUUCGCUUCGUCCUUCGACCAACCCCUGGGCACUUGGAGACUUAGAGCAAACUGCAAAACUCUUCGAAUGUUUGAGGGCAGCAACUUUCGGAACAGCCGCCCAGUGAAGGCGUCGUGCUGCGCCAUCUCUUGAAUUCGUUACCUCUGCCCCCAUUUCUUUCAGUAAGGCUUCCUUUAGAC